AGAGCCAUUUAGAUUUGUCUACGGAUUUUCUCUAAUUGUUUUCAAAAGACUUUGCACUUCGCAUAUCCUCCUAUUACUCCCUAUUAUGGAGGAAAAUGACCGUUCUGGUAGCAAUGCAAAUGAAGAUGUCGACGGCUUAUUGAAACAACUCAGGAAGACAUUCACUAUACAACGAGCUGAAAUCUUUGACUUGAAAAAUUCAUUGCGAAUUUCUGAGGCCGAAGGAACACAUCUUCGCAGGGAGUGUCACAAAUGGAAAAGUAAAUGCGAUGCGAUAACAAAAUUGUGCAUCGCUCACAGCGAGUUGCUAGCUCCAUUGCUUGAAACUAAUGCAGACACAAGUAACAGGCUAUUAUCAGAAGAUUCCUUUGCUGGCAGUUUCAAUACGUUGGUAGAUCAAGUUUUAUCUAACCCAAAGUCGGUUCCGCAGAACGUUGAUGAUUCACUUCGAGUUAGUAACUCGUUUAAGUCGAUCGCAAAUCGAGCGCUGACACGGAACGAUGAAGGUAACAAGAUUGACGAAGUAAAAAUUGCGGGUGAUGCAGAAACUAGCGAGAUCGUUGAAGUAAGUGGCAGAAGCGGUGAUACAUAUGACGAAAAUAAUGGGCGAAGCGAAACAAGUGGUCAAGGAAAUGAUACGUCAUGUAAGGAAAGUGAAGUCGAUAUUGACAUGGGAGUGGACAACGAGGUCGUUAGUUCAAAGGAAUCUAUACAUAUAACUGAGAAGCAAAGUGAUGAUACUAAUAAGUCUAAUUCGGCUGGCCAAUCGUCGAUGAGACUAACAGCCAACGUUGAUUCAACAAUAAUGAUCGACGAUUCCGAUGAGGAACAGAGAAAAGGACGAAAGGGGGAAAAGAAGCCGGCUUUCGCAGGAUUUAACGAAGACGAUCUGUGCAUACAAAGUACAUCGGACGGAACUAAAGCGAAUGCCGUUGUCGGUAAGAUGAAAUCAAGAAACACUGCUACGAGAACACACACCGUUAUAAGACCAUUCAAGUGUCACCUAUGUGCAGUAACGUGUUCCACAUCGAGCAAUCUCAAAAAUCAUGUGAAGAUGCACGCAGAGGAAAAACCGUUUCAAUGUAGUGAGUGCCACAAAUGUUUCUUCCGAAGACCGCUUCUUAACAGGCACUUUGCGACACACUCAGGUGAUAAAAAACCGUUUCAAUGUAAUGUGUGCGAAAAACGGUUCUCGCAAAAAUCGUACUUAAGCCGACACUCAAUAACACACACAGGUGGUGAAAAAUCGUUUCAAUGUAAUCUGUGCCAAAAAUGGUUCCCACAAAAAUCGUACGUAGAGACGCAUAUAAGAAGAGCACACUCAGGUGGUGUACAUUCGUUUCAAUGUACUGUGUGCCAAAAACGGUUCUCUGAAAAAUCGUUCCUACAGAAGCACUUACGUAGAACACAUACAGGUGAGGGAGAGAGAUUAGAGUGUCAUCUUUGUAAAAGCUCUUUUCAAUCCCAACGAAACGUCAAUCGACAUACAAAUAAUCGAAUUUGCAAAAUAGUUGCAACGGCUCUUUCGAAUUCGAACAGAAAAAUCGAUACAGCAUCCGUUGACAAUAUGGAGCGAGAGACGAUUGGCUUUGGAAUGGAUCAACCGUUGCAAGGCACUAUUAAUUUGAAUGACUAUAAGCAAAAGACUGUAUUAGGUUCUGCCGAAGUCGGAUCACCGACGACAAUCAAACUCGACAAAAUUGAAAACUCAAAGCUGAAGAAUGCGAAACCAAUCGAUAUGGAAGUGGACUUGAAACGAAAAAGGAUCCCUGCUGACAGUGCCGAUUUCGGUACAAUGUAAUCUACCAAAUCAACGUAACUAACAAAUGAACGAUCGAGCCAUUAAUUGUUACCGACGAAUGAAUUGCGAUAGUUCGUGUUAUUUGUACUCACAAAAAUACAGAACCAGCUUUGAAUUAGCCACAACCAUAGAUCCUUAUGACCAAAAAUGAUUUGUAAAUUCAUUUACCAUUUUCAAUAAAUUGUUAAUUAAGCUUUUGAAAAGUUCAAUC